AUGCAUACGUUCAGGUUCCUAAACAGAAAGAACGAUCAGCGUGUUCAGAAAUGUUCGUACAAAUGCAGCGCGAAUUAUAGAAUUACAAAAAUAAUAAGAGAAAUAUAUUUAAGAAAUGAUAUAAGCUGCGGGAUAGAAAAAUGUAAAGUUUGUGAAAAUAAAAAGAAGAAAUUUUUAGAUGGAGAAAGAAAUAUUCUUAUUUUAGAUAUGGAUAGUAUAAUUAAAUAUAUGGAUUUUUUAUAUGAAUGUAAUAUUGAUAAUAUAUUAAUUCCAUUGACAAUUUAUGAACAUGUCAGAACAUUCAAUAAAAUAUUAUAUAAAAAAUUACAUGAACUAUGUUAUGAGGUAGAGGAAAAUAUACCAAAUAGUAGUAAAAGAUAUUCUGUUUUCGUGAAUAAAUUUUGUAAAUUUACCUAUGUUGAUGAUAAUGUUCAGGAGAGUACAAAACAAAUACAGGAAAUUAUAAAGAUAGUAAUAUGGCUAAGACACCACAAUCCAAAACUACACAUAAUAGUUAUAAGUAAUAAUUUGUUUUUAAAAGAAGAUUGUGAGAAAAAUGAUAUAUCUUGUUUUACUUUAUUUAAAUAUGUAAAAGAAUUAAAGAAAAAAAGUAAUAAAAAAGAGGGGUCUCCAAUUAAUAUAGACAAGUUAAAAAUAUAUUUUGAAGAUGAUAUGACUAAUGAAAAUAAUAAACACGAUUCGAUGGUAAGAGAACAGGAAGGUAGUCAUAUACUUGUAGAUAAUGACAAAUAUUAUGAUAAAAAACAAACAUUCGAACCACAUUUAAGUAAAAAGGAUAUAAUUCAAAAGCUUCGAGAUAAUGAAAUAGUUAAAGGAGUUUUUCAAAUUAUAUGUGUUAAUAAAAUGGCAUUAGUAAAAGUUUCUGAAAAUGAAGAAAUUGUGAUAAGAGGAGCUAGAAAAAUGAACAGAGCAAUACACAACGAUAUUGUGGUUGUUGAAAUUUUGCAAGAAAGAGGGGAAGUGUCGGAUGUAGAAGAUGAUUAUUUUGAGGAGUUGAUCAGUCCAGAGGAUUCUGAGGAGGAAGAACAGAAGGAAAAAGUAAAAGAGGAAGAAAAGGAGGAUACGCGAGAGCAAGAAAAUACGCCUAAAAAGCAAUCCAUCGUACAGUCAAAAAGAAAAAACUAUCAAUUCAAAGAGAACAAUGAAGAAAGGAAUCAUCCUGGAAAAAAUGAAGAAGAUUCGAAGGAUGAUGGUAUAAAACAAAUACGUUUAAAUGAAAGUAAAAAAAAAUUAUACGGAAAAGUAGUUGGUAUUAUUAGUAGAUGCAGAAGAGAAUAUGGUGGUGUAAUUAAGGCGUAUGAUAAUAAUAGAAAUAUGCACAUAAAAAAAAUGUUAUUUUUUAAAGCUUUCAAUAGCAAAAUACCAUAUAUUAUAAUAAAAAGCAAUUUAGAAGAAGAACUACGAAAUAAAAGAGUAAUAGUUAUUAUAGAUAAUUGGGAUUAUAACUCAAAAUACCCUCUAGGAAGAUGUUUAAGUGUGCUAGGUACUUGUGAUGAUAUUGAAACUGAGACUAAAUUAAUUUAUAAUGAAUAUAAUAUUUCAACGAAAGAAUUUAGUGAAAGUGCUUAUAUGUGUUUACCUCCGAAUAAUUGGAAAAUACCUGAAGAAGAAUAUAAAAAAAGAAAAGACUUUAGAGAUGUUCUAACCUUUAGCAUUGAUCCUCUAGGUUGUCAAGAUAUUGAUGAUGCAUUAUCAGUUGAGGUAAUAGAUGAAAUGAAAAUUAUAAGAGUUGGUGUUCAUAUAGCGGAUGUGUCUUAUUUUGUUAAACAGAAUAGUCCUCUGGAUUUAGAAGCUUCAAAAAGAUGUACUACUGUUUAUUUAAUAAAUCAAAGAGUUGAAAUGCUUCCCAAAUUGUUAACAACAGAUUUAUGUUCACUGGUUGAAAAUGAAGAUAGACUAACUUAUAGUUGUAUUUUUACAUUCGAUACUAAUUAUGAUAUACGUGAUAUUACUGUUUCCAAGUGUAUUAUUAAUAGUAAUAAAUCCUUUUCAUAUGAGCAAGCUCAAAAUAUUAUCGAUGAUGUAAAUAAUACUACUCCUACAGCGCAAGCAUUAAGAAUACUAAAUGCAAUUGCGAAAAGCUUAAAGAAAAAAUGGUCAGAGGAGGGUGCCCUUGAAUUAAGAGGAAAUUCAGAAGUGUUAUUCGAAUUUGAAUCAAACGAUUUUUCUAAAGCCAAAAAUUUAAAACCAUAUGUUAGUUAUGAAACAAAUAAGUUGAUAGAGGCAUUUAUGUUACUAGCAAAUAGGUCAGUGGCAAGAAUAAUUUUUCAAAGUUUUAAAGCGGCUAGUGUUUUGAGAAGGCACCCACCUCCAAAAAAUGAAAAUUUAAAAGAGCUAAAUGAUUAUUUACAAUCAAUUAAUGUAUACGAUUUUAAGUAUAGCACUUCAAAGGAAUUAUCUCAUUCACUUAAUAAUAUAAAUUUAAAAAACGAUCAAAUCUUAACAAAUAUUUUAAAAGUUUUAGUUACGAAAUGUAUGAAUGAAGCAGUUUUUAUAUCAGGGUAUAAUGUACAUAAUAACCAAAUGUUAAAACAUUAUGGUUUAGCAGCAGAUAUUUAUACCUUCUUCACUUCACCAAUUAGAAGAUAUGCAGAUAUAAUGGUGCACAGAAUAUUAAAUCAUAUAUAUGGUAUCGAGAAAUUAGAUAACAAAUAUAUAGACAUCAUUUAUUUAAACAAACAAAUUAGCUUAUUAAAUGAAAAAUAUAGAAAUGCAAGAUUUGCCUCAAGGGCAUCCGUUGAUUUUUUUUCUUAUCUUUAUAUAAAAAAAAUAGGAAAUCAAAUAACUAACGCUGUUAUUAUCAAUCUGAAAAAAAAUGGUAUACAAAUAUAUGUACCUGGAUAUUCUAUAGAAGGUAUCUGUUACUUAAAAAGAAAGGAUGGAUUUAUAUAUGACGAGAAAAGAAAAAGAUUCAACAAAAUUGACGAAAACCAAAGAGAACUUUUCCACCUUAAAUUUUAUGACAACAUACAGGUUCACAUGCAGGUCGACAGUUACGAAAUUAAAUGUCAAAAUCAUUUUAUUUUUAUUAAAAAGCUGUAA